UUAGUUGGUCUGUGCGAGCGGUGCGGUGUGUUCGCUGGUCGCUAGGUUGACGCACAGCAGCAGCAUGUCGUGGUCCAAGAGCCUCGCUGUCAUACCGAAGAGCCUUGAUAUAGGCAAAAUAGAGGCGUAUCGCACGUCGAGAAGCGUCGGGAGCCGCACUGCACUACGCAGCCAUAAGUUCGUCGCAGAAAGCUACGUCCAAUGCUCGACGAUUGAAACACGUUCAUUCACAACGCAUGAUUCCACGCUCGUGCGCGUACGUGCCAAGUGCUUCAGGAGCCAAAAGAAGACUGCAACACCAUAUGCCGUGACCGCCCUGCUGACGCACGAUGGUUUUGUGAAAGAGUGUACAUGCGAGUGCGCUGCUAGAGAGAACGGCACAUGUCACCAUGUCAUGGGACUGUUGAAAGUCCUUGUGCUACUUAUUGAUAACGGGUAUGCAGAGGCUCCGCCGGAAAUGUCAUGUACGGAACUGCCACAAAUCUGGAGGAGGCCCCGGGGGCACAAAAUACCGGCUUCUAGCGUCGACGAAAUUGACUGGAGAGCCGCACGGCCAGACGGUCUUUCUUACCCGCUCCAAUCGCGUCUUUAUGAAGCGAGGAAAAGACCGAGGAGCGUAGAAGAUGUUCAGAAAGCUGCGAGGCAGUUCGCAAGAGAGAUGGCUGCACAUACUACGAGUCCACUUUUGGAUCACUGGCAGUCUGCAACACUAAAGAAAGCAGACAGUUUGUUUGGCGAGACGUGUGAAGGCAGCCUCUUGUGGAGUCAGAAACCACUUGUACCACAUGACUUCACCACCUAUUUAUGCCCAGAAAUUCAGGUUGGGGUGACUACAGAGUUGACACCCAUGCAGCCAGCAUUUUUUCCAGAACCCUUAAACACUGUUGUGUCGUGCGUGGGCCUGCCACCAAUGCAGCACAGGCUGUAAUCGAGGCAAGCACAUACAUGCAUGUAGCAUGCCGGCAUUUAGCAUGGAAUAAAGCACAGGAAACACGAGAACCUUGUGCACAUCUUUCGUUUCUUUAUGUCUUCGACCUAUGUAG